GGCGAGGGGUACGCCAACCUGCAGCAGAUUGCCCGCUUCAAACUAUUCUCCGAUGCUCCUUCUUCCAACAAAGGAUGGAGGGAACGUUGGUGCUACGUGAAGUUGGAUGAGAUCCCAUUCCCGAGGGAGCUACGUGACCGAUUCCGAAGGCACGAAAAGAUCAGGAAUGCCGCUCUCGAGAAAGACGGCCUAAAGUUGGCCAAGUUCCCGGAGGGGAAAAACAAGAACGUGGCGAUCAAAGACUGCACCCUCGAGGAGGAUUUAUACACCCUCGGGUUCCGGAGGUACCGCUUCAUAGGGGAGACCGAUGAAAAGUACCCUCCCUUCAACAAGGCCUUCGGAGGGGCCGGAGGUAUCCCCGUCUCUAUGGUGAAUGUAAAGGGCCUUGCCCGUUUGAAGAAACAGGACCCGAAGGGGUCGGGACAGGGCAUCCAGAAGCCCAUUACUGCCCUCUUUAAGAAAGCCGAGGGCGAUGCCGCUGCCGGUAAGAGGAAGGUAGUGACCAAGGGGUCCCCUCCGGCUACCAAGAAGCCGAAGAAGGGGGAUGUCGCCGAGAAGGAGCCCCCGGUCAUUGUUGCUGAUGAGCACCCCGCCUCCGGGAUGCAGGUGGAGAAGCUGCCGGGUGGAACGCCGGCGGGGGCAGAGGAGUCACUGCCUGAGAUCCUCCAAGUCGCGUUCCCGGGGGGUAUGUCUUUGGCCAGCGGCGCUGUCGACCCGGGGGCCAUCCUGAGGGGUAUGACCCCUGAGACGGAUAGGGCUGCCCUCGGGGCCUACAAUGACGCGGCCCUCGAGGACCACAUUCUCCGCUCCUCCCUCUCUGCUUGCUUAGCCCUCGGCGAACAGGCUCGGAGGCUUCAAGAAUGGCGCCUCCACAAAGCGGAGCAAGACGCCAGAAUGAGGGAGUGCCUUCUCAAGAACCAAGAGGCGGUGAAGCUGGGGGCCCAGCUAGAAGAGGAGCUCCGGCAGAUGAGCUUGAAACUGGAGGCUGCAGAGAAAGGCAAGGCUGAUGCUGAGGCCGCUGCCAGGAGAGCUGCUAAAGAGGCCGAGGACUCCAAAGCGCUAGCCGUCGCCAAGGCUCAGGAGGAGGCCGUUGAGGCCUUUGUCGCCGAGGGUUGGAGAGCCGAGGGGCGCAAGAUGUGGGUGUCCUCGGUCGUGGAGGCCUGCGUUGAAGAAUGGGCCGAGGGCCCUGGGUGGGAAUGGAUGGCCCGGAAGGGCAGAGAGUACUACGAAUCCGGCGAAUUCUUCACCCAGGCCCUCAUCUACCGGAGGAUGGCCCGGCAUUUGGGCAUCGAGCAAAAGGACUUCUCCCCCUCGGCGUAUGGCCUUCCUCCCUUGCAGCCUGAUGUCCGUGAGUCGCUCCCGGAAGGUGUUCAGAGGCCCGACCUUGAGGACACGGUGUUGAAGAAUGAGGCCGAGGGCGACGCUGUCGAGACCGGAUCGGAGGCAUCAUCGAGGCCGGCUGCAGAGGGCGCCCCAGGAAAUGAUGCCGUUGUAGUCGUAGAAUGACUUUGUAUUUACAAAUCUUUGAACAUGUUUUGUAAUGAACAACAUUGUUCCUUCGGCUUCGGCCCGUUUGUAAAUCUCACACUUACUUUGUUUUUGAUGAAUGCAUGAUUGCCCUCGGGCUGUGUUUAUAUGAUUUGCUUUCUCCAAUUCCUUUCUUCUCGAAUGCGUGCCUUCGGUUUUGUUUUGAAUGUAUGUCUUUGUUCCUUUGUAUGUAUGUCUUAGGACUGAGAAUAC